AUGCUGCCUCUUAAGUCAAUCGAGUACGAGUGGAUCGAUGGCGUUGAGCGACUCGAGAUGUAUGAGCCCGGAGGCUACCAUCCCAUUAUGAUUGAUGAUGUCUUGCACUCUCGGUAUCGCAUUGUGGACAAGCUAGGAUACGGCGGUUACUCGACUGUUUGGCUUGCGCACGAUGGUCGACUCAAUCGCUACGUUGCCAUCAAGGUGGCAAUUUCUCAAACCACACUCCUUCGACGCGAGACUUCAAUUUUGCACGCCCUCUCAGAGCCUAGAGUCACUCCACCCCUAGUCAGUGAAGCUACGUCCAUCGCCGCAAACGAUGUUUUGCCGAGUAUCUUGGACGAGUUCGACGUCCGAGGACCCAAUGGCAUGCACAAAUGCUACGCAGUUGGUCCCGCUCAAGGGAACAUCAAAGACGCAUCGUUCAACCGUCUUUUCCCCAUUCACGUUGCGCGAGCCCUGGCGGCGAAACUAGCGGUAGCCGUUGCCUUUGUUCACUCGAAAGGCUUUGUUCAUGGAGAUAUUCAUCUUCGAAAUGCAUUAGUCAAGCUUUCACCGAGCUUUAACAAUCUCUCCAUCUUACAACUUAGAGAAAAAUUCGGCGAGCCAGAAACGGUGCCUAUUAGGCGCGUUGAUGGUAAGCCGUUGUCGCCCAAUGUUCCAAGCCAAGCAGUGACUUCCCUAUAUCUCGGCAAAAGAGCGCCGGAUUUUACGAUCGAAGAUGCGCGAGGCCUUGUCCUUAGCGACUUUGGGGAGUCCUUCAACCCGACUACAGAACUGCGUCUUGGCAGGAACUGCAACACACCCACUGCUAAGAAAGCACCGGAAGCGCUAUUCGAGCCGGAAGCUGCGCUGUCAUAUUCAUCAGACAUUUGGAGCCUAGGAACUGCCAUCUGGGAAAUUCUGGCCAUGAAGUUUAUCUUCAGCGAAUCCGAGACUGAGGAUGAGAUAGUGGCUCAGCAAAUCGAUGUCCUGGAGGAAGAGACCCUUAGGUAG